AUGGAGGUCCCGAUACCAGGUCAUGGAUCGCCAUCACAAUCGCAAGAAAUCCGCGUCUUGGUCUUCACGAGCGAAUCAGAUCGAGAUGCGCUGGCCAGUUUGCUCGAAGAUCUGCAAAGCGACCGCCGCUCUUUCCGUCGGCGUGGUGCCUCACUUCUGGCCUGUCUGCCCGGCGCUUCCAACUGUCUGGCAGGCUGUGUCAAGCCGCUGCGCAAGGCACCCACUCUGCCGCACGACAUUUCGGAACUGUCAGCGCGACUUUCUCGAUCUGGCGAUGCUUUGGGAAAGACGCGGCCAGACAAAGAAGGAUGCACGGCAAAUCUGGACGACUUCAAAGCAUUCGCCAAGCAGAUGUUUGAUCGGCACGCGAAUGCUGCCACCAUGCGAAGAAGUGGAAGCUUGGGAGACAUUUCCAGUGCAUUCCGCCAGUACAGUCGACGGAAAGAGACGAAAGAAAGCCACGUCACCACGAACACAAGAGCAUCCGCAAACACUGGCACUGGUGGUCCCAGUGCCAAGGGCGUGAAGGACCAACUGCCACCCAGCGAGGCAGCGAACCUCCUUCACAGGCUGCUCUUCCAGGAAGAUGGUCCGCCGGCGGUCGAUGGCCAGGGAACAGCCGGGUAUGCACUUUUCCCACUGGCCGUGACCUUCGAGAGCUUUUGGUCUAUCCUGCAGCCCAUGCUGUUCACCGAGCAGCUGCUCACCGAUCCCAAGUUGCACAAUCGUCUCGGGGACGGAGGCUCGAUGUCGCUGGAGAAGUGGAGCUGGUUUCUAGUCCAAGUCCAGAACGAGGAGCGCGCUGUGGUUGAGGGUGCUGCAGCACAGCUCAAGGACAUGGAGGUUCCUUACGUCGAUGAUGAGGGUCAGUUGAGCGUUGCUGGACUUUCCUGCUCGCUUUGUUCACCCGACAACGGUGCACUCAAGCCAGAUCUCUACCGUUCGCACGAUGACAUGACCCGGCCGUUGACGGAGUACUGGAUCGCCUCCGCUCACCAUGUGCUCUUGGAGCUUGCACCCCCAAGCCCGGAAGGACCGAAUCCCACGAAGACAGCGGAGGACAAGGACAAGGACGGACAGGGCCUCCGGCCAGUGACGAACGCGCUGCGAGCCGGAUGUCGGUGCAUCAGCCUAGCACUCUUGGAGACUGCAUCUGAGCUUCAGGUCGUACUUCAGCAGAAGCGUGUCCCACUGGCAGACGUGUUGGAGCUGAUUUCGUCGGAAGGUUUUCAGACGGUCCAGUAUCCACUUCUGCUGGUGCUUUGCUUGCGGCAGCUCCCUUCAUCGCAAUCGCGUGGGCAGGUCGCUGAAGUUCUGUUUGACAAGCUUGGCGACCGCCUGUGGAGGAGCGGGCCGGAGAUGCCGUCACCGGAAGCUGCCAAGGGCCACGUGGUGGUCGUCCUUGCACCGGCAUGUGACAUGGAUCCGGCACUCGAGCCGCCGAGACCACCCAUGCGCAAAUUGCAGAAAGGCUACAGCACUCGCUGGCAAGACGCAGAAACUUCGGAUGAAGUGGUCGAGGCUUGGCAAGAAGCUGCCAAUCGCUUUGCCGUGUGGUGUGGACAGGUGUUUGAUCGGAAGUUUGCUCAGCAACCACCCGGUGGCAUAACUGUUGGCUUUUUACCAUCGGAUGAGCUUUGCAGCCUUGCAGAGUUCAAGCAGCAGACAAUGUUGGAAUACCACAGGCAGUACCUGACGUUGACCUUUCCACUGGCCCCUCGAGAUGCGCCAGUCAACUACAAUUUGGCAGCCGCAUGGUCGUGCGGGGUCCAAAUGGCAGCCAUGACCGUUGCUUCGGGCGGAACUCGAGGAGAUGGCGCCACGCUUGUACAAGCCGGGCUCUUCUCGCUCAAUGGCGGCUGUGGUUAUGUCCUAAAGCCGCCGUACUUGAGAAACUGCAUCCGACAAGAAGACAGCCUUGAGGUGGCAGCACCACUACCCAAGCCGAUCUACCUUGAGGUUCGAUUGCUUGCUGCCCGAGCUGUGCCCGGCAUGGACGAGACUCCAUGGCCACGGGGGCCGGUGGUCCUCAGCGCCAGCAUUUGGGGUGCUCCGUCGGACUGUGCACGUCAGGACUAUCAGUCCAUCCGAGCUACCGGCGCAGUCCUCGCCUGGCCGAAUGCCGCGGGGCUGGGCUUCAACAUCGCUUCUCCUCAAGUUGCUAUCCUGGUGAUGGAGCUGUUCGAGCUGGACUCUUCGUCGGGAGGCUACCAUCGAGUUGCCUUCUUUGCAUCCCCAGUGCAUGGACUGCGGCAGGGGUUGCGUUGGAUGCCUCUUCGCUCUCAUGUGGGUGCAGUGCAGGCUACGCUUCACGGUCCUUUGUCUGGGAUUCUCGCGCACAUCUCCCUCGUGGAAGGUGGCACAGGGAUCCCCAUUGGCGGCUUCUGGACGCUUCUGAUUGCGGAUCCAGCCACUGCCGUCUACUUCCUAGCCGCUGCACUGCUCCGAUCACCUUUCGAGGCGGCCACAUCAAGAUCCGUUUCGCCUUUGCUUACGGCGCUGGCUCGGCUCCUGUGCCAAUCGAUCGAAGCCGCCUCCACGCAGCUCGAGAAGCCAACCCUGAAAGAGGCAGAUGCCCUGGAGAGGCGAAACUUGAGAGCCUUGCGAGGGCCUCUGCGCCGAUGGCGGGACCAGCUGCACGAAGGUUCAAAGAAUAGCCAAGUCGCAGUGUGGGUCAGCAAUUGCAUCGAGGCGCUGGAUGAGCUGUCGCUCUACUGA